AUGAGAAGUCCAAUUUAAUACUUAAAUAUAGCAAAAGCCGCAACUAUGUGUUAAAGAAAUACGUUUGAAUUCAGAAGUGAAAGCUUUUGUCUGAUCUUAUUUUCUUUUUUGGAAUUAUAUAAAAAGAAAAAAAAAGAAUUACUUUCAUUUACUUUCUUCGUUCUUGUGUUUUGAAUUAAAAAUAGAUUAGCAUUCAUCGUAAUGAUGCUUAUUCCUUCUGUGUUGACGGCUGCAUUAGCUCUCUUGCCGAGCACGGCCUUUGCAGUAAAUAAGUCGGCCUCUGAAUUAACUUCAUACAAUCCCGACACGUUACCCUAUAAUGGGACCAUGAAUUUCUGCAUUGGUGCUAAGAAUGACAACGGUGCUUGCAAAAGUACUGACGAUUAUUUGGCCGAUUUGAAUGCAUUAGCUAAUUACACAGACAGCGUACGUACAUAUGCUACGAGUGAUUGCAACACACUGGAGAACUUGUUGCCUGCUUUAUCUCAAGCAUCUCAUAAUUUCAGUGCUUACAUUGGUGUUUGGCCUACUGACGAUGCCCACUUCGGUCAGGAGAAACAAGCAUUAUCUCAAUUUUUACCCAAGUAUGGUGUUAACAACAUCAAAGGUAUAACUGUUGGCUCCGAAGUUUUAUACAGAAAUGACCUUAGUGCGAGUGCCCUUGCUGAUCGUAUUAACGAUGUUCGUGGUCUUGUCAAGAGUUUUGGCUUCGAUGUCCCUGUCGGUACAGCUGAUAGUUGGAAUCUCUGGGCUGCUGGUGCCGGUGAUGCUUCGAUCCAAGCUAGUGAUUUCAUCAUGUCCAACGACUUUCCUUAUUGGCAAGGUCAGAAUACUAGCAACAUGACCAAUACUUUCAUCUCAGACACUCUUACUGCUCUAGAUCGUGUUCAACAUGUUAAGGGUACCAACAACGUACAAUUUUUGGUUGGUGAAACUGGCUGGCCUACUGGAGGUCCUUCUUAUGGUGAAGCCGAUACUUCCAACGAUAUCGCCAAGCAAUUUUACCAUGAAGCCUUAUGUCAAAUUCUCAAGAAAGGCAUUGACGUUUACUACUUUGAAGCGUUUGAUGAGUCUUACAAGGGUACCGACAGCAAUGUUGAACCUCACUUUGGUGCUUUCUAUAGUAAUCGCGUUCCUAAGUUCUCUUUGAACUGCACUCAAGCAUCUUAAGUUCCUUCCAUCGUUAUUUAUGUAAAUAUGAUACCUUUAGCAUAGUUUAAUCUCAUACAUACGUCUUUGCAUUAUUUACCCGUCUUUCUGGUCGCACGCAGUAAAUUGAAAAAUGUUGUCCGAUCACUGUUCAUAAGCUUCAACCUAACUUUAUUUAUGUUUUC